AUGCUUGUCGGAGUCUUCGACGGCCACGGUGAACAAGGGCAUGAGAUUUCAGCUUCCGUGUCCAUGCUGUUCGCUCGUUUCGCGGACACCUUGGCCAAGCUGGCAGAGGAUCAGACUGUGAAUCCCGAAGCAUCCGUGCCGCGCCACAUGGCCCACUUGUUCGCCGUGGCGCAAGAUGGUCUGGAGCGUGGAGGGCUUGCCGAAUGGUCAGGCACCACGGCGACGUUGGCGUUGAUCGACGCGGAGGCUGGCGUGGUCAUCUGCGCGUACGUGGGCGAUUCGCGAAUGGUCAUUUGCCACAACCAGAAGGUGCUGUUUGAAACUCUGGAUCAUGACAUUGACCACACUGCUGCGUGCCGCAUAGCCGCAGCUGGUGGCGAGGUGCGCCAGAUGCUCGUCUCUGGCAUAGAUGCGCGACGUGUCUUCCUCAAAGGUGCUGAUGUACCUGGUUUGGCUAUGUCCCGAGCACUUGGAGAUAUGCAGGCAAGUUUUUGUUCAGUCACCGUCGCCGUCAAGUUUUGUGGCAUGUGCAAUCUUUGGUGGCUGGCAGGGGCUCGUGCAAAGUUCCCCAAAGCAGUCUAG